AUGAAUGAUGAAAAUAGAGGUAAUUAUCCAUGUCUUAUAUGCAAGCAACACCGUAGAAGGCAUGAUCACAGUUGUAUUUUUGGGCAAUACUUUCCCAUUAAUAGGACUGUGGAUUUUGAAAAUGCUUCCAUGCUUUUUGGUUUAAGCAACCUUUUGAGAAUUAUGCAAGAUGUAGAUCCACAAGACAGACAACAUGCUGCAGAUUCUAUACUUAGAGAGGGCACUACAUGGAUAAAUGAUAUACAUCAUGGUCCUCUUGGUUAUGUAUUGAAUCUAAGGUCUCAAAUACAGUCUUGUGAGAGGCAACUAGAAAAUGUUAAUAGAUUGCUUGCAUAUUGUAGAGAUCAAGCAAACUCAACUGUGCAAAUGGGUAUUUCCCCAUUUGCUGGUUCAUCUGCCUUUCAUCUCCCACAGCAGAAUACCCAACUUGGUGAUUCUAGCAUACAAUUUCCAAACUUGGGUGGAACUGAGUUCUUUUCCAGUUCUCAUGAGAAAGGAGAAUCAAGUACUAUUGCAUCUAAAGAGAAAGAGGAUGUUGAUGAAGAAAAAGAGUCAAUGGUCGACGACAAGGGAAAAAACAUUACUUCUGAUAAAGAUGCGAAUGUAUAA